GUGUAGAGCCAAAAUCAUCGAGUCGUGUAUACUUUUGAUGGUGGACUGCAUGGAAGGAAUGUAUAUUCGAUUCGAAAGCAUCACCACGACACAACAUCGUCGUUCAACAAUCUCUCAGUCCGUUGUCGUUCGGUUCGGUUGGUUUUGUUCAGGUGGCGUCCGAAAUUGAUGAAAAAGUGAGGAAUUUUCCUGGAUUUUUUGUUUAAUUCUGUGCAACAAUUGUGCGUCGAGUAUCCUGGCGUAUUCCGGUGGUGAUUUUCGUGCCGAAAAGUACCGUUAAACGCUACUUGGAUUGCCCUAAAAAAUUGAGGAAAAUUGUUGCGCGAUCAUUGAAUGUGCAUAUAGAGAGGUAGUGCUAAAGUGAAUGGGAAUGGGGCAUUUGGAAAACUGGAUUCUAGCGUAAUGUAUAUUGUGCAGUGUGAUGAAGCAAGGCAAAAAGACAGCAGUGUUUAACAGUGUACUGUAGAAGAAGAGGUGGUUCAAAUAUUAAUACACACAUCCACCAUCUAUCAGAGAAGCGUGGUAUCGUGGUUCAUAUACGAACGAAGCGCAUCAAACAGAGCAUAAAUCAGGCUGGCAGUGGCAUUUCUGCUGCUGGUGGUGAAGAACAAGAAGAAGCAGUCGCAGUCACUACAACAUCGGCAAUACCUUCCACUAAUCGGAGAAAGGCAUUGCGGAGGACGCGGGCCACCCUUCUGGACAGUGUUGGUAGAUUGCGUUCCACAGCUGGAGCCACAUACGACUGCAGUUCCGGCACCUAGCAGUAAACAUAUGUUCAGCUAGAAGCUUUUAUCAGCGACCACCGAAUACGUGCAUACCACCGUAAUAAUAACUAUACUAUGUUAACGAUCAACCAGGACCAGCGAAGUGGCCGUUGCCGGUGCUGAUGCGAAAACUACUCCAAUGAUGUGCAUAAAACGUGAUUUUGCACAAAAAGUGCGCAUAUCUCUUUGAAGGGCGCAACAGCCACGCAGCAGAUGCAGUAUCAUUGCAUCUCGAGUGCAGCAGCAAUUUGGAAGUGAUAUCUAGUGUAUGGUGAGGGUGUCUGUGUACUGCGAAUGAAAAUCAAGGAAAAUACCUAUCUAUACACAUAUAAGCAAAACCAGCGAAAAGCAGAACCAGUUUCUCCCCACGCUUUGCAUGCAUUAUCAAUUUUCUUCUCGCGUGUGUAAUAAUACAGAGGCAUAUUUUGUGCUGAAUCUUAUCUUCCAAAACACGCGUAUCGUGUUUGUUGUUCCGCGUCCGCGAGAGUGUUUAUCCGGAUUUCUCGCCAUGUGUUAGUAGUGCAGCUGAAUUGGUGUUUGUUUGAAGGGAGGCCUUUGUUUGAUAUCAGAUCGUGGUUUACAUAUCCUCAUCUUCUCUCUGUUGGGACUACUAUCGAAUGUGAGAAAAUACAGCAAUAAAUGAAUGAUCGAAAAUUGCCAAUUAGUCUGUCGGACCACAGCGAGUUCGGAAUCAAUCACGGAGCUGCCUCCGCCAUUGGCGGCAGCGUAGGUGGAAGCAGUGGGGUCAUUGGAGGUGGCAGUCCUGUCGCCCUCGGAGUGGGAGUCGGCCUGCCUGGGCUGGGGAUUGGAAUCGGUGGAGCGACAACGGUAUCGGCGUCGGUGACCGGAGGUGGCAGCAGCGGGAAUGUCAGCAACAAGCAUGCCAUCGCGCGUCUAAAGCACACCAAUUCCCUUACUUCCGGCUUACCGCCGGAAUUGUAUGACAAAGGCAAUCGCCUGUCGCAUUCCAGUGAUACCAGUCAGGCGGAAACGAUGACGUCCGUCACGAGCUCUUCGCUCGAUUCGGACGAGGUCGACCUCUCCGGAUUGGUGGAAUCGGUAGUGGACUCCGACGAGGAGGACAUCGCCGAGAGCAUCGAUAGCUUGAGUGUACGAGAUACCGUGCGCGAAUGUUUGGAAAAGGAUCCGAGCGAUCGUACGAUGGAUGAUAUCGAAAUAUUGCUUGAGUUUACGCAAAAGCUGAAAGCGUUCACUAAUAUGACAUUUGCCGUGAGGCGAGCACUGUGCUCGGUUAUGGUGUUCGCCGUGGUCGAAAAAGCCGGGACUAUUGUGAUGAAUGAUGGGGAGGAAUUGGAUUCGUGGAGCGUGCUUAUCAAUGGCCACGUUGAGAUCGAGCAUGCCAAUGGAGAGAUAGAAUAUCUGCAUAUAGGGGAUAGUUUUGGCAUUUUACCGACAAUGGAUAAGCUUUAUCAUCGAGGAAUUAUGCGAACAAAAUGUGAUGAUUGUCAGUUUGUGUGCAUCACUCAGACAGACUACUAUCGGAUUCAACAUCAAGGAGAGGAUAAUAUUAGGAAAAUAGAAGAAGAUGGUCAAGUGGUAAUGGUGGCAGAACUAAGGAACAGUGCAGGAGAAAAUGGAUCACGCAAGGGAUACGUUGUCAUCCGAGGCACAGUAGAUCGGUUAACGCAACAGUUGAUUGAAGAUACUACACAGACAGAUCAAAAUUAUGUAGAAGAUUUCCUUUUGACGUUUCGCACGUUUAUUAGUGAUCCUAUUGAUGUUUCGAAACAGCUUCUGAAAUGGUUCAAUGUUGAUGCGACUGAUGAUGGAAAUGAUCUUAUUGAUGCAAUGCACCAGGCUUCGGCGAACGACAUUUGUGAUCGUGUUACGAGGGUAGUACUUCUAUGGGUGAAUAAUCAUUUUACUGAUUUCGAUACCGAUCCACAAAUGAUGGAAUUCUUGGAAAUAUUCGAGUCCGCAUUGGAAAAGAAAAAUAUGCUUGAACAAUUACGGUUAUUACAUGUCUACGCUCAGCAUAAUGCAAGGGAAAGGAAUGUCACGUUGGCGAGGAGCUCUCGGGAUGAAGAUUUGAAUUUCCAAAUUUCUGGAGGGCCCGGAGGAAUUUUCAUCACCAGAGUGGAACCGAAAACCAAGGCAUACGAUGUUGGCUUGAAACGAGGAGAUCAAAUACUGGAAGUGAAUGGACAGAAUUUUGAACAUAUCACAUGUACACGAGCUUUAGAGCUAUUGAUGGGUACAACUCAUCUGAGCAUUACAGUGAAAAGCAACUUGUGGGCAUUCAAAGGGAUGCUUUCCAAUGCUGAUGGUGACUCCGGUAAAAUGAAAAUUGACCUAAAGAAAGGAUUACGAGCAGAUUUGCUACAAUCUCAAAAGUCUCUUGAUUUGGUUGAUAAGGCGGGCUUUAUGCCGACUCCCCAGUUCCUUAUGCCACUGCCGGUGCGAGAUGAAUACGGACGCAAAGAUUCCGGCGCGUCAACUCCAUCUUCGUCGCACAUGAACAACAAUAAGGGUAGCUUCAUGACCUUAGGCGGUAAGAAACGCCUCCAAAAAGCCCUUAUCAAAAUGAAUUUGUUGCCGAAAAAUUUGGUUUUACAAGAUGAUAGCAUCAACAAUAAUAGCAACAACAAUAACAAUAGCAGCACCAACUAUGAUAGUAGUGAUCGGUCAUCCGGAAUCAGCGUUAAUUUUUCGUCCCAAGCGUCAUCCAUAUCGACAUCUUCAAUCACCACCGCUGAUUCGGACGAGACUCCCCCUACAUCUACAUAUCAGAGCAAUCCUGAUCUUAGGGAACAUCCUCAAACGCCUGCCAAAACGCUCUCGACUGAAGCAAUCAUUCCAAAAAGUGGCACGCUAUACUACGAGGAGCUCAGGGCUAGUGAUUUCCCUGAACACAUUCUCAAAGUAUACAAAUCUGAUCAAACGUGCAAAUAUUUAUUAGUUCAUAAGGAAACCACGGCGCAUGAGGUGGUUAUGCUAGCGUUGCAAGAGUUCGGUAUACACGAUCCUAGCUCGAAUUUUUCGCUCUGUGAAGUGAGUGUAGGAGAAGGUGGAAUGAUCAAGCAACGGCGGCUGCCGGAUCAGCUGCAGAAUCUCGCAGAGCGAAUUGGUUUAAGUUCGAGGUAUUACCUGAAGACGAAUGGAAUCACCGAAACUCUGGUACCUGACGACGUCGCACCGGAACUAAUCCGUGAGAGUGCGGUACAUUUUCUGCAGCUGAAUGCAAACGAACUGGCAAUUCAGUUGACACUGCAAGAUUUCUCAAUAUUCCGACAGAUCGAAUCAACCGAGUACAUAGACGAUUUGUUCAGCUUGAAGAGUCGCUAUGGUAAGCCUAUGUUGUUGAAAUUUGCCGAACUAGUCAAUAGGGAAAUGUUUUGGGUCGUGACGGAAGUUUGUAGUGAGCAUAACUUGAUGAGAAGAUGCAAGAUUAUCAAACAGUUUAUAAAGAUUGCGCGACAUUGUAAGGAGUGUAAAAAUUUCAAUAGUUUAUUUGCAAUAAUUAGUGGAUUAGGGCAUGCCGCAGUAUCGCGGUUGAGGCAAACGUGGGAGAAGUUACCUUCCAAAUAUCAGAAGCUAUUCAAUGACCUACAGGAGCUGAUGGACCCAUCUCGGAAUAUGUCAAAAUAUCGACAAUUAAUUCAAACGGAACUCAACGCCCAGCAUCCAGUCAUUCCAUUCUACCCCGUAGUGAAAAAGGAUUUAACAUUUAUUCAUCUGGGAAACGAUUCAAAAAUCGAAAGUUUAAUCAAUUUUGAAAAGCUACGGAUGAUUUCAAAAGAAGUCAGAACGUUACUGCAGAUGUGCAAUUCUCCCUACGACAUACUUACUAUGUUAGAGUUGAAAUGUCAGCCACCGAGCUCAGCUAUGGUUGCACUGAAUCAAAUGUCUGUUCCAUCCAGUGGAAAUCUGAUGAUGCCUCCUCCACUUGCAUUCCAUAGUCAGACGGUAAAACGUAGGAAAAAGUCAACGGCUGCUCCCAUUCCCAAAAAGAUGUUUGAAGAAGCCCAAAUGGUAAGGAGGGUGAAGGCAUACCUGAAUAAUAUGAAAGUGAUCACUGAUGAGGAUGAACUACACAAAUUGUCGCUCGAGUGUGAACAACAGGGAGGAAGUACACCAAACAACGUACAGGUGAGAAAACGAUACCCUUCGCCAACGCUCUCUACUACAUCGAGUACUAGUUCCACUAGUGAGGGCAAGAAAGGGGCACUUGGUAUUGGCAUGAGUAGUCUUUCGAUUGGAAGCUCCGGCAGUGGUAAUAGUGGAGCACCAAAAUUUGGCGCCGCAUCCCCACAAGCAGUGAAGAAACUGCUCUCCCUCUCAGAACAAACCAAAACUCGACCCCAUCAACCACGACAUCCAUCGGUAGGUGCAGUGCUGCCGCCCCCAUUGAACAACAUCCACCAUCAUAGUCAGCUUACGCAUCAUAACAAUUUGUCCCAUUUCCACCAUACCCAUCACACACCGUAUCAUCAUCAUGCGGGUAUCUCGAUUAGUCCUUCGCAUGCUUCAAGCAAUAGCCAGUGCUGCAUAGGUAGUGGUACCGGUGGUGGAACCGGCGGCGUUGGCGUCGGUCCACAACAUCAAUAUCCGAAUACUCAUCCGAGUUAUGCGGUUUCCAGCGGAAUUCACUUAUCCAACAUGCAUCCUACUCCACCCAACUAUAAUGCCACCAUGUCGAUGUACCCGAACGGACGGCCCUCGGUCAUGUCCAGUCGGAUAUUGGAAAGUUCCGUGGACUCUACUAGUCAACUGCCACCGCCGAUGGAUCUUCCACCGGAGAGUAGCUCAUUCCGCAGUCCACCGAACUAUGCGCAAGCUGCACAUCGACGCAUCACUGGCAACAGCACGGUCAUAUCAUCCUACCCAACCCCCCACCAGAACUUUGGUUCCUCUUCCCGCAUCAUAGCUGCCGUAGGAAUCUCGCCCAUUACCCCUACUUACGUUCCCCCGGGAGUUAACUCAAUUUCGCCGAUGUACACGGGAAAUGCCGGCACCGGAAGCUCGAACAGCACCCACACCGGGCCCAACAGCAAUCUGCCGCCCGCCAUUCCUGCUAGGUUGCAUGAAACUAGCGGGGUGAUGCCGCUAGCAAUCGAAUCUGUUCAACAGCCACCACCGUUGCCGCCAAGUAUAGAUCUUUCAAUUGAGAGCAGUUCGGUGACCGUCAUCAACAAUGCAGCUCCCGAGCUUCUUGUGGAGACUUCGGUGGACGACGACAGCGAAUCGGUGGAGUGUGACGUCACUGAAACCCUGUCGACCGAAGUUUAAAUGUCUGCCAUAGCAUAUAAAUAAAAGAAACACGUAAUACCCACUUGCAGCGUAUAUUACCGCAUUAUUAGCGCAUCGAUAGCAACUUCCAUCGUUGCCAAAUACUUAUUGUCAUAUGAAUUUAACAAUAACACACACACACAAAGUGGUAUUCAAUGUAGGAUAAUUUACAAGAUUUUAACAAUCAAAACAGGUCAUAGUUGCGUUUGUAGUAUUUUCUUUAACUUGUUGUGAUUGAUCCUUCGGGAGCUAAAUUGAAAUGUUUAUAAGUCGCGUAAAUAAUGCAGACAUUCGCAAAUCAAUUUGAUUAUUUUCGUAUCUUCACAAAAAAAAACUAUUUUGAACUGUUUGUGUUGUAAUCGGAUGAUUAAAUGACUUCGUACUAUUUUUAUAGAAUAUUUAUACACUUCUGUAUAAAGUAUAUUUUAUCAAAAACAUAGUGAGUUCAAUCAGGAGUAACCGGAGAUUCAUUCGAUUUUACAGUAGAGUAGACAUUAAAAU